AAAUUCGCGGCGGCCACGGUGAUCGAGUAUCUAACUUCCUUUAUAAGGAACAAGAACCAAACUCUUGCACAUUCGUUUGUUAUUAUUAUGGUUUCUACAAGAAUAAGAAUGCAAAUCAAUUUAUUAGUGAGAUAAACUUAAAUUUCGGCUAAGACCUUUGUUAAAAUAUUUCAAGAUGCGCCUAAAUCAAGUUUUAAAAAUAGCUCUAUUAGCGCUCUUUUGUAAUAUAACGUUUUGUGACAGUUUUAACAUUCUGGCUAUAACUCCCCAUGUCGGGAAAAGUCAUCAACUGGUGUUCGAACCUUUGUUUAAAAAGUUAGUUUCAGUUGGCCAUAGUGUUACUCUUAUAACUCGAUAUCCCAUGAAUGUGGACUCCCCCAAGUGGAGGGAUAUUCCUAUAGGACCCGAGGAUACUAAUACCACAGAACUGUUUGAUUUCAGCCUUUUAACUGGAACUAGAUUCGACAGAUAUGCAUGCCCUCUUGUUCUCGCAGAAGCUGCUCGGAUUUCAUGUUCCGAGGGGUUACCCCAUCCUAACCUACAACGGUUUUUAAAAGAAGAUAACCAUUUUGAUGUAGUACUCAUGGAAGUUUUCAAUACAAAUUGCUACAUGGGAAUUGCUACCAAAUAUAAUGUUCCUGUUAUUGGUGUACAUUCGGCAGGUUGGAUGCCUUGGAUGUACCAAUGGUUUGGGGUACCAUAUCACCCAGGAUUCGUGACCGACCACUUUUUGGGAAACUCACAACCAAUGGAUUUUUUGGCAAGACUAGAAAAUACAAUUGUACAUAUAUACAACAACGCCAUUUAUACAGUUACAAUGGGCUGGUACGGUAGUUAUUUAUCUAAUAAAUAUGUGGGUGCAGAUCUCUACGAAAAUGGUGAUGUUAUGAAAAAUAUGAGUCUGCUAUUGAUCAAUACACAUUUUUCACUAAAUUUACCAUUGCCAUUAGGGCCAAACGUUGUUGAAGUUGGUGGGCUACAUUUAGAGUCCAAGCCGAAUAAGAAGCUACCUCAGGAUUUGGAAAAAUUUAUCACAGACUCCAAACACGGUGUCAUCUACAUGUGUAUGGGAUCAACAAUUCGAGGUGCUAGUUUUCCCGAAAGCAAAAAACAGGCUUUCAUGAAAGCCUUCUCCAAGUUACCACAAAGAGUAAUUUGGAAAUGGGAGGAAGAGAUGAAGGACAAACCAGACAAUGUUUUUGUUACUAGAUGGGCUCCUCAACGGGAUGUUUUAUGUCAUCCCAAUGUAAAAUUGUUCAUUACCCAUUCUGGCCUAUUGGGUACUUUGGAAGCAGUCGACUGUGGUAAGCCAAUGCUAUUGUUGCCUCAGUUUGGAGACCAAUUUACCAAUGCAGCGGCAGUGGAGAAAGUCAAUGGAGGCAUCAAGCUGUUGCUAAGAGAUAUAACUGAAGAAAUUCUUACAGAGACUCUUCUAAAUCUAUUAAGUGACCAAUAUGUCAAGAAAGCUCAAUCUUUGUCUGAACGUUUUAAAGAUCGGCCUGUAUCUCCUAUGAAUACGGCUCUGUAUUGGAUUGAUUAUGUAGUAAAAUACAAUGGAGCUCCUCACGUUAGAUCAGGUGCUGCGGACUUGCCUCUUUACCAGUACUAUCUAUUGGAUGUUAUAGUUGUGAUAUUCAUCUGGAUACUGCUGUGGUCGUAUUUAAUAUAUUUAGGUCUUAAAUCAGUUGUCAGAAGGUGUUGGAAAAAACAAAAUAAAGUUAAGAAGUUAGAAUAAUUUA